AUGUUGUCUAAACCAUUUCAAAUAGUGUCUACAUAACAGAAUAAUUAGACGUGUACUUCUAAGACGCAUUAGGCUACACACCGACCCACACAAUCAUGACCAUGCACCGUUGGGUUCCUUUUCUUGGUAUUCUAUUGGGUCUGGCCACAGUGGAGUCCAUUUUUUCAGUUGGAGUAUGUCGUGGGUGGGAAAAAGCAUUGAUGCCUCCAUGGUCAUCCAGAAUCAACAAAGAUUUUCAGUUGAUAUUCGUCAAAAAUGGAAGAGAAAAGGUGAUCGCUAAUGGCACACAGAGUUUAGACCCCUCAUUUGGUUUCCGUGAUGAGCAGCCUUACAUACCCGAAAUGUCACAAAAGUACGAAGGGGAGUAUUAUUGGAGAAGAACUACCGAUAGCUAUGUGCCCAGGGAUAAAUACACCAAUCUGUAUGUUAAAGACUGCACUGAAGACAGAAGAUAUGACUACGGCACAGUACUGAGGCUAAGUGUGGAGUCAGCUGCAGUGGCGUUGGUGUUUCAGCGCAAUAAAAGAUCCCCAAGCAUGGUCCUGUGGAGCAGGUUGAACGCCGUAGAGAGAGGAGCCCGGGGCACCGUGAAGGGCGACAUCUGGACGGCAGAGAGGGCGACUAAAGCUGACACGGGCACGUACAGCCUCCUCAAUGCCAAGGACAUUACCGUGUACACGUACAGGGUCCAGGUCCAAACCUCAGAGGAAUACCUUUACAUGAUCGAGGCCGCACCUGAUUGGAGACUGUACAUCCCCAUCCCUUUGCUGGAGGUGAAGGUGAUGUACGGGCGGAUGGAGCUCUUCAAAGAUGGCCUGAUGAAUCCUGAGGCAUUCAACAAUUUUGAGGGCCGCAUACAGCUCCAGGCCAAUGACACAGGCUCAGAAUUCAGACUCAGGUUGCCGAGGACUCGUGACGGGGGAGAAUAUACCUUUCACGACAGCAGUGGCCAGCUGGCAAUAAGCAGGCAUCUGCAUGGAGAGUAUGAGGAGGAUGAAGAGUACGGGAAUGAGCAUGACCCGCUCGGCCUGAUAUAUCCCAUCAGCAUAGCGCUGGGCGUGCUCAUGGGCCUCACCUGCUGCUGCUGGGGAUGCCGUAAAAUCUUGAAUGACGAUGAUGAGAAGGCUGAGGUCACGGCCACUUCACCAGAGGCAGAGCCCAAUACCCACGUCCACGAGCCCCUGGAGAUGCCUGGAUCAAACACCCCUUUGCAGCCUCGAUCUAAUGCACCCUCCUCAGACAACAUUGAGCAUCCCCCUCACUAUCCAUGGGCAAACAGCCCACCGCCUUUCUUCUCUAGUGGAUCCCCUUCAUGUAAUCCAGUGCCCCAGCCGCCUGUCUCUGAUUCUGCUCCCAGCUAUCAGCCCCCUGCUCCAUACGUUCCAUAUCAGCCUUAUGUCCCUGAGCCUGUUUCCAGUUCACCGCCUCCCUAUGUUCCCUAUGUCCCCUAUCAGCCGCCCAUUUCUGAUCCUGCUCCCAGCUAUCAACCCCCUGCUCCCUACGUCCCAUAUCAGCCCCCAAGUGAACCAGCAGCAGCAGGAGGAGAAGGUGACAGCAGUGACCCGACUGCCCCAACUGCCCCCUCUCUGGACAUUGAGUCCCAGUUCCAGCCGCGUGGCUGGGGAGGAGCCAUGGAUGAUUUCCUGUCCAGCUCGCCGCUCUGUAUGGACUCCAACACCCCAGAGGGUGCCACCUACAACUCAGACAAACUCAACUUCUAGGCACCAAUGUUAUGCUGCAUCAAAGAUAAGAUUUCCAAUAACCAAGACAACUUGUUCUUUGCCAGGGGUUCCCAAACUUUACCAUGACAAGG